GCCCCCACUGAGUCACUGUGUUGUUGUCACUGUCUUGUCAGAGUUCCUGCUCAGCUCCUCAAACCUCUGUGGAAGCAGCAGCGGCUGCCAGCCUUCCAAACUUUCAGGAGAAGCCACCAGCCUGAUGGUGAGGCGAAUGGGCUGGGGGAGGAGCAGGGGGCAGCUGGGGCAAUGGGGAGACCUGGGGCCUGGAUCAGUGCCCCUCCUCCCCAUGCCACUGCCUCCUCUUCCUCCUCCUCCGUGUCGGGGGCCUGGGGGAGGGAGGCUCUCCAUCUUCUCUCUGUCCCCUGCUCCUCACACAAGAAGUGUGCCUUCUUCCGUUCCUCCCCCCGUCCUGGGGCCCUCCUGCCCAGCUGUACAGACCCCAGGGGCUUCUCAGCCCCCACACAGGGCCCUCCCCACCCCAGCCACACCCCCAACACAGGUAGAGCUUGUGAUGACACCCAUCACCACUCCUCCCUCCUGGGGUUCCCAUUCCACCCCACGCCUGGCUUCGGUGACUGCCCCUCCUUCACGCCGAUGCCCCCAGGACAAUCCUGGGCUGCGGAUAGGCCCUCUGAUCCCUGAGCAGGAUUAUGAGCGGCUGGAGGACUGUGACCCUGAGGGGUCCCAAGACUCACCCCUCCAUGGGGAGGAGCAGCAGCCCCUGCUUCAUGUGCCUGAAGGGCUCCGAGGCUCCUGGCACCACAUCCAGGACCUGGACAGCUUCUUCACCAAGAUCUACAGCUACCACCAGCGGAAUGGCUUUGCCUGUAUCCUGCUGGAGGAUGUCUUCCAGCUGGGGCAGUUUGUUUUCAUCAUCACCUUCACGACCUUCCUUCUUCGCUGCGUGGAUUACAACAUUCUCUUUGCCAACCAACCAAACAACCAAACAAGACCUGGGCUGCCUCACAGCAAAGUGACUUUGUCAGAUGCCAUCCUACCCUCAUCCCAGUGUGCCCAGCGGAUCCGCUCAAGCCCUCUGCUGGUCUUCCUUCUGAUCCUGGCUGCGGCCUUCUGGCUUGUUCAGCUGCUUCGCUCAGUCUGCAACCUCUUCAGCUACUGGGACAUCCAGGUGUUUUACAGGGAGGCCCUGCACAUCCCCCCGGAGGAGCUCAGUUCCGUGCCCUGGGCCGAGGUGCAGUCGCGCCUCCUGGCGCUGCAGAGGAGCGGGGGCCUGUGCGUGCAGCCGCGGCCGCUGACCGAGCUGGACGUCCACCACCGCAUCCUGCGCUACACCAACUACCAGGUGGCGCUGGCCAACAAGGGCCUGCUGCCGGCGCGCUGCGCGCUGCCCUGGGGGGGCAGCCUGGCCUUCCUCAGCCGCGGCCUGGCGCUCAACGUCGACCUGCUCCUCUUCCGAGGGCCCUUCUCGCUCUUCCGCGGGGGCUGGGAGCUGCCGGACGCCUACAAGCGCCAUGAGCAGCGGGGCACCCUGGCCGCGCGCUGGCGGCGCACCGUGCUGCUGCUGGCCGCCGUGAACCUGGCGCUGAGCCCGCUGGUGCUGGCCUGGCAGGUGCUGCACGCCUUCUACAGCCACGUGGAGCUGCUGCGGCGCGAGCCGGGCGCCCUGGGGGCGCGCCGCUGGUCCCGCCUGGCCCGCCUGCAGCUCCGCCACUUCAACGAGCUGCCGCACGAGCUGCGCGCGCGCCUGGCCCGCGCCUACCGCCCGGCCGCCGCCUUCCUGCGCGCCGCGGCGCCCCCCGCGCCCCUGCUCGCGCUGCUGGCCCGCCAGCUCGUCUUCUUCGCGGGGGCGCUCUUCGCCGCGCUGCUCCUGCUCACUGUCUAUGACGAGGACGUGCUCGCCGUGGAGCACGUGCUCACCGCCAUGACCGCGCUCGGGGUCACGGCCACCGUGGCCAGGUCUUUCAUUCCGGAGGAGCAGUGCCAGGCGCGUUCUCCGCAGCUCCUGCUGCAGUCGGCCUUGGCCCACAUGCAUUACCUCCCCGAGGAGCCCGGUGCUGCCGGCAGGGCCAGCGCUUACCGGCAGAUGGCGCGGCUGUUGCAAUACCGAGCGGUCUCCCUCUUGGAGGAGCUCCUGUCCCCGCUCCUCACCCCACUGUUUCUGCUCUUUUGGUUUUGCCCUCGUGCCCUGGAGAUUAUUGACUUUUUUCAUCAUUUCACUGUGGAUGUGGCUGGGGUUGGUGACAUCUGUUCCUUUGCCCUCAUGGAUGUGAAGCGCCACGGCCACCCUCAGUGGCUCUCGGCAGGACAGACCGAGGCCUCGCAGUCUCAGCGUGCAGAGGACGGGAAGACUGAGCUCUCCCUGAUGAGGUUCUCCCUGGUGCACCCACAAUGGCGCCCCCCAGGGCACAGCUCCAAGUUCCUGGGGCAACUUCGAGGCCGGGUACAACAGGAUGCAGCCGCUUUGGGCGCCACCUCGGUUCGCAGCCCUGCCACUCCGGGGGUACUCAGCGACUCUUCCUCACCUCUGCCAGAGGCCUUCUUGGCUAACCUCUUGGUGCACCCCUUCCUGCCCCCACGGGACCUGAGCCCCACAGCCCCCUGCCCAGCUGCAGCCACGGCCAGCCUCCUGGCUUCCAUUUCCCGAAUUGGCCAGGACCACAGCUGUGUGUCCCCUGGAGGUACUGGGGGCCUGAAGCUGGCCCAGCUACCAGAGCUUGCUUCUGCUGAGAUGAGUCUUCAUGCCAUCUACCUGCACCAGCUCCAUCAGCAGCAGCAGCAGGAACUGUGGGGCGAGCCCUCAGCCUCCUCCCUGUCCAGACCCUGGUCCAGCCCCCCGCAAACACUCUCACCUGAUGAGGAGAAGCCAUCCUGGUCAAGUGAUGGCUCCAGUCCUGCCUCCAGCCCCAGACAGCAGUGGAGAACCCAGAGGACCCAGAAUCUGUUCCCUGGAGGUUUUCAGACCAUGGACACUCAGAAGGAGCCUGGCCAGACCCAUAGCACUGCUUGAGAGGCCUCCUCAGAGUUCCCCAGCGUCUCCAGCCCAGGAGACCAGAAGAGGUGGAGUGGAAGAACGCGCCAAGCCCUUUUUAGGGGCGCCCCCGAGAUGCUUUAGUUGGGCAGGACUUGGGGGUCAAUGACCAUCUGGCCCCAGAGAGCAGAGAAAGAGUAGGAGAGGAGAUGCAAGGGCAUCCGGAAACAAGUCUUAGAGACAAUCCCCACAUGGAGGGGAGAAGGCGACUCCCCCCCCCCCCCCGCCCCCAUUAGCUGUCCUGGGACAGUUACCUGGGAACAAGUCCCAGGUGGGAGGCAAGGCCAAGGUGGAGGCCAAGCUCAGUGUACGGAAACCGUGAGGAACGUGCCUGGGAGGCAGUUGGUUCUUCAGGUUCCCGUGGGAUUUGUGGAGGGGGGACACGGGGACUUGUGAGUGGAAAGACUAGCGAGGGCUGAUGCUUUUGGAGUUGGGCAUCAGUAUGACGUUUGAGGAAGUGAGUGUGGCUGCCCAUCCUGUCUGAAACCAGUGGUAAAGGUUGCCCACGGCUGCUCAUCUUUACGACCUUGGUCUCCAGUGUUCCCAUUCCUGGCAGCAGAGGGCGGUACUGCUUCUCAGCCAAGAGUGAGGGAGCAGCUCCCCGGAAUGCCGGUGACUGAC